AUUUCAGGUUGUUUUCCUAGAACCAGCAGAAGCUCGUGCAGCAUUUAAAGGUUUAGCAUACAAUCGUUACAAGGAUGCUCCAUUAUACUCCUGGUAAUAUUCUAGUCCGAAGUCUGCUUCCAAAGAUGAUGAAAAGAAUAUUGAAGCUGUUGGAGAACGUGAUGCCAAGAGAGUAAUUCUGGAGCAACGUGUGGAAGGAAUUUCAGAUAUGGAUAUUGAUCCUGAUAGAAUUGAGUCACGAUCCUUAUUUGUCAAGAAUCUGAAUUUCAAGACUUCAGAUGAGAGCCUGAGAAGGAAUUUCAGUGAAGAGAUGAAGGAGGGCAAAAUACAAAGUGUUAGGUUAAAGAAGCACUUGAAGAAUGGCAAGCAGGUCUCAAUGGGUUAUGGUUUUAUUGAGUUUGAUUCUGUGGAGACAGCAACAAGAGUUUGUAGUGAUUUACAGGGAACCAUAUUGGAUGGCAAUGCUCUUAUCCUGCAACUUUGUCAUGCAAAGAAAGAUGAACAAGCAGUGAAAAAUGUUGAGAAGGACAAAAGUACAACAAAGUUACUGGUGAGAAAUGUUGCUUCUGAGGCAACAGAAAAGGAUUUGAGACAGCUAUUUAGCCCAUUUGGCUAGAUUAAAAGUAUAAGGCUGCCAAUGAAAUUUGGAAACCAUAGAGGCUUUGCAUUUGUUGAGUUUGUUACAAAACAAGAGGCGCAAAA